AUGGGGGAUUCAUCCGAUUUUGAACGAUUUUACAGCGAUUUAAAAGAGACCGAGAAGAGAGAUUCAGUUUUAACGUCAAAGCAACAGAUUGAUCGUUUGUUGCGUCCUGGCUCUACCUAUCUAAAUUUAAAUCCAUUUGAGGUUUUGCAAAUUGAUCCAGAUACAGAUGUUGAUGGGGCUAAAAAGAAAUAUAAAAAGCUUUCUUUGCUUAUUCACCCGGACAAAAAUACUGAUGACCGUGAAAGAGCUGAACGUGCAUUUGAUGUGGUAAAAAAGGCAAUGAAAAUGGUCGAAGAUCCAGAUGAGUUGGCAAAAUGCCGGGAGACUUAUACAGAGGCAAGAGCGCGUCUAGCAAUCAUUAUGAGCGAAAAAAGACGUAAACAAAAGAAGAAUGGCCAAGGAGAUAAAAUACCCGAAGAUGAACCAGCGGCAUAUAAUAAGGCACUUUGGGUGGUAGUCACGAAGGUAUUUGCUGAUCGUGAAAAAAAACGGAAGAUGUUGGAAGAUAGAGCAAAUGAAGAGAAGCGAAGGAUAGCAGAGGAAAUGCUUGCAGCUGCAGAAAAAAGAAAAAGAGAGGAAGAAUUCGCUAAAAAUUAUGAAGAGUCACGUGAUGAACGCCGAGGUACUUGGAGGCAAUUCAUGGCAAAGAAAGCAAAAAAAGAAUACGAAGGGAAAUCACUCAAAGGAACAGCAUUUAAGCCACCAAAAAUAAAGCUCGAAACGAGUGGAAAGUAA